AUCUGCUCUAUCUUCUUACCCUGUGUUUGUGCUGUGUAUGAGAACCCAAACAGAAACAAAGAGAAAGAAGCAUAACAGAGAGAAAACAAAAGCAUUACGAUUAAAGGAAAAGAAUGGCAAAGAUAAGAGAGAAGUUAUACGUCACCGUUCCGAGUCUCUUCCGGUGCCCAAUUUCAAUGGACGUCAUGCAGUCCCCCGUAAGCCUCUGCACCGGCGUCACAUACGAUCGCGCCAGCAUUCAGCGCUGGCUUGACUCGGGACACGACACGUGUCCCGCCACCAUGCAGGUUCUUCCCUCCAAAGACUUCAUCCCCAAUCUCACGCUUCACCGCCUCAUCCGCCUGUGGCUCCUCUCUGCCGAACCUCCCUCGCCGGAUUCCUCUACCGACAACCUGCACUCCCUCCUCCGCCAAAUCCAAACCGUUGACGAUGAUCUCGCCGGAACCCUCUCCAAAAUCGCCGAAUUCGCCACAACCUCCGGCGAAAAUCGUCGGAAACUUGCCUACUUCCCCGGCUUCGACGCCGCUAUCGUCCGCGCGCUGGCCAGGUGCAGUUCGCGGAUAGACGCGUCUGAAAACGCGAUUUACCUUCUCGACUCGGUCCUCCGAGAAAACGGAAAUCCAGAGAAGAUCCGAAGGCUAAUUUUCGACGCUCGCCAACAAUGCUUUGAUUCGAUGAUUUUCAUUUUACGAAACGGAUCUUCGAAAUCGAAGAUUGAAACGGUUAGGUUUUUGGGGUUUCUUGCGUGCGAUUUUCAGUCCUCAAAAUCGAUCGCGGAAACGCAAGGACUGUUGUCUUCGGUAGCGGGUUUUUUGAAGGACGGUGGAGAGGAGUUACGCGAGGCCGUUUUGUUGUUUCUAGGCGUCAUUUCGGUGACUCGCUCCGCGAAGGUGGAACUAGUUAAUUGCGGUGUUGUCGAAUUGGUUUCGAAAUUGUUACGAGAUUGUUCAUCGGCGAAGACGGCGGAGAGGUGUCUGAGGGUACUGGCGGUGGUGGCGACGUGCGCGGAGGGGAGGGAGGCGAUGGCAGCGGAGCCUUCAUGUGCAGCGGCGGUGGUGGAGAGAGUGACGAAGGCGGUGAAGGUGGCGGCGGAGGACGCAGUGGUGGUGCUGUGGAGCUUGUGCUGUUUGAGCGGUAAUGUGAAGGUGAGGGAUGACGUGGCAAAGCGAAACGGCGUGGCAGUGAUUUUAUUGGUUAUGCAGAGAGGGUGGGAGGAGCACGUGAGGAGCAUGUGUGUGGAUUUGAUUAAGGUUUUGAAGGGUGCGUGCAAGAACAACGGGUUGGGGUUGGGAACCUAUGAUACCAAAACCACUCAUAUCAAACCUUGCUAAUGUUGUAACGUUGAUGAAGUUGAACCAACUUUCCUUUUUUGGUAAAUAGUCGAACCAUCUUUUUAGCAUUCUAACAAAAGAAUGUUUCAUGUUCGUUUCA